GCCGAGCCUCGGUUUGGCUCAAAGUGCCGGGUUGCACGCGCGUUGUUUCCCUCGCGCUUCCGUUGGCAGGAAAUCUGUCAGUUGGUGAGAUAGAAACGGGGAAGGCCUUGUGAGCUGGAGGGAAUUUUUUUUUGGGAAUAGAUUGCAACCUAUUUGUAUGAUUUCCCAUUAGUUGGGGAUUCGCUGAGAACAUUUGUCGUUGUUGUGUGCAUUGCACUUUUAAAUCUUGUCUGAAACAGUGGUGUUGUGACUUCCUGGAUUGAAUUUCAAGAAAACGGGAGGAAACCAUUUGCUUCCUUUCUGCAUCUGCUAUGAUUGCUAUUCGGAACCAGUUGCAAAAGGAUGUUUUCACACCGCAGGAGGAGAGGUUGUUGGGCUUGGUCUUCGUCUGGAAAGCUGGAAAGAAGCGGAAAAACUGUAUCUUGUGCGCCGCAGUGUCAACUGAUCGUCCGUAUCAAGCUUCCCUUGUGAAAUUUAAGAAAGCUGAUAAAGGCGAUGUGUACAAACAAGUGGCCUGGUGGUCAUUUGAGGAUCUGAUGCUUGUUGACGGAAAGGAUCCAGACAAGGAUAAUCCCGAGUUCGAUUUGCAGUUUGAUAAAGUGUACAAGUGGAUUGCCAGUAAUCCUGGAGAAAAAAAUAAUUUCAUGUCAUGUCUCUUCAAACUCAAUCAUCGUUAUUUACACAGCAGGAUUAAGUUUGUAAACAUCAGUUCUCAGAUACUGGAAGAAAGUCUGCGCCCUGCAAUGGAGCAGCAAGAAGGAGGAGCAAUUGCAGUGGAAGAAGAGCUCGAUGGUUAUCAAGAACUGACAUCAAAAGAGGCAUUUGAUAUUGAGAAGUUAAUGGAGCAAUUUGAUCAGUCUAUUUCCAACUCAGAAGCUUUUGCAGACAAAAUGAGUAAAGAUCUCCAGGUGUUAGAUGAGGCAAACAUACGAUCCAUCAUUGUGUCUGAGAAGCAAGUAACUGAAAUGAUGGAACUGAUUGAUGUGGCUCUUGUUGAAGUGAAGAAUAUUGAACAGACCCUUCAAACUUACGAAGAGUUGCUGCAGAGUGUAAAAGAACAGAUGGAUCAUAUUCACCAAAGCAAUUACCAAUUACAAGUCAUUGAUUGUAACCAACAAAAACUUUUAGAGGAAGUCAUUUUUCUUGUGCACAAAUUGGACCUUGAUAAAGAACAUCAACAUGCAUUAAGAAAUGGUGAUCUGUGCACAUCUGAGAAUUUACAGUCUUGCAUUGUUGCUGUUGAAGCUCUGAAUAAUUGCAUGAAUGUUAAGUUGUUUCCAGGCCAUCGGAAACUGCAAGGUGUGGUGGAACAAUUAAUAAUGUUUGAAAACUUACGGCAGCAAUUUGAAAGUCGAUUCAUACGGCAUAUUAAUUCUUUAUUUGUACUACAGGGAAAUGACCAAAACAUUGGCUUGCUGCAACAAUCAGGAGAGCUAAUUUUUCCCAAACAUCAUCUUUUCCAAGAUGAGUUAUUGCCAUAUAGCCCUCUAAUGGCUUGGAUUAAAAACAACAGCCCUGCUAUUUUUACUGAUUUAUCAAAGGUGUAUUCAGGAAGCAUUAGAAAACUUUAUGAAAAACAAACCAAAGAAUUCUUUGAUCUGGUGAAGUUUAAAUUAACUGGAACAAAAGAAGGCAUGAGAUUCAGAAUUCAGGAAAGUUUUGAAAAGCUGACUGCUUCUACAUCCAACCUACAGAAAACACUUUUCAGAAAUUCUUUAUAUGAGCAUUUAGGAUCAGAAACUGACAUUACAGAUCGUGGAAUGAUGGACAAGGCAAAGGAUGAACAGGAGAAAGAAUGGAGCAUUUCUACAUUUUGUACACAGAUCAUAGACCAGGUAUUAGCCGAAUUGGAACCCAUAUGUAUUGCCGAAGAGGAAUUUAUCACCAAAUUCUUUAUGUUGACAGAAGACGCAUGCAGUGAAGCACCACAGUUGUUGGGGAGUAAGUGUGAUCUCGUUCAUGUGGGUAACCAGGAUUCAAUGGAGAGAGUACAAACUUAUCGGAGCGCUACAGAGCAGGAAGAUCCCAGUGUAAGCACUAAAAAGAAAAUUAUGAGUGAAAUUUUCAGUACUCUUGAACAAGACCUAAAGGGGUUUGUAAACCUGUGUGACAAGAUCAACCCUUCCAACACCCUGCAUUUGCUGGUAGUAGUGAGCCAGCAUGCACUGAUAACUCAAGAUUGUGACCGUUCUUCCUUUCUCAAAUCUACACUUGGCAACAUUCUGGUGCACAUUAAACGCAACUUUGACAAAUGCAUUUCUACUUUGUGCAAGCAAAUAGAAGAAGCUAAGGUCCCAAAGAAGACUAAGAUUGGUAUUCUGCCAAUUGUUAUUGGAUUUGAGGAGUUUGUAACUGUUGCUGAAGCUAUCUUUAGGAAUGCUGAGAGAAGAGGUGAUCUGGAUAAAGCUUACAACAAAGUAAUUGCAGCAGUCUUCACCAGUGUUGAAAAUAUUGCCUCAAUGAAUCUGAAGACUCCACCAGAUGUGGUUAUGAUGGAGAAUUUUCAUCACAUUUCCUGCUUCCUCUCGGAAUUGAAAAUCCACAGUCUUGAAGAAAGGAAAAAAGAAGCUUCUCAAAAAUAUUCAGAACAUCGUGAUCUCUAUGUUACCAAAUACUUGGGACGGCCUUUGGAGAAACUAAAUAUCUUCUUUGAUGGAGUCAAGGCCCGUAUUGCACAAGGUGUCAAAGAAAAUGAAGUUAGCUAUCAACUGGCAUUUAGCAAACAGGAGCUAAGGAAAGUGAUUGAAAAAUAUCAAGGGAAAGAGGUAAAGAAAGCGCUGGAAAACCUGUACAAAAAAGUGGUUAGACAUCUGAGUGAAGAAGGAAACUUGUUACAGGUAGUGUGGUAUACAAUGCAAGGAGAGUUUGUCCGCCAGUACAAGGAGUUUCAAGAAAUGAUUGCUCGGUGUUACCCCGGCUCUGGAAUAACCAUGAAUUUCAGUAUAGAUGAUAUUCUGCAGUAUUUUAUGGAUAUAACAAAGUCAAACUAACUACUGACUGUUUAAUAUUGUGUCAACUCCUAUUCAAACUCAAAAUUGGUUAAAUUAUCAUAAAAGAUUUGGAAUCUUUCACUUGUACAGGGUUUGUUAUGCAAAAUUUUAAGUUGUGCUAACUCCACUCUUGUGAUUUUAUAUAAUUAAAUGAGAACACCAGCCUAUUGUAAUUUUAAUUAUUAAGAAAAUGCCUUGUAGAUUUUGUUUGGAUUCUCAUUUCAAAAUCAACACUUCGAAACUUAUAAAGCAUUGUAGUAACUAAGAGAAUGACUAAAUUUUACUGUUGAAUACUUAAAAUUUGUUGGAAAAGGGAGGAUACUGUUAUGCCAGAGGCUGUUGGUGCUUCUGGACAUUUUUCAAAGUUCCAUCAUGCUGAAGGAAGCAGGACUGAGGGUAGGAUCAUAAUGCUGUGGGAUACUGUAGACAAUUCCAGCAUUAAAAAAUGAUUGAUACACAAAAUGAUAAACCAAAGGAAUAGCAGCCUUGACACUCAACACAAAUGAAGGUGUGGAAUAUAACUGGGUUGCCACCUCGACCCCAAAGAUGAUAAACACUUUUUUGUCUUAAAAGUGAGAGCAGCUUCCUUAUGAAGAGGUGAGUCUGACUUUGAUAGUUUGGGAGUGAAAGAAAAAAAUCUUCCUUUUAUUACCGUGCAUUUCGUUUGAACCUUCUGCAUGAUGGAAGUACCCUCCUCAGAAGCCAAGAACUAAUUAUCCUCUUACAAAUCAAAGCAUCAGAUACAUAUCAACACUUGGCUCAGCUACUAAGUUCUUUGAAGCCAAUAACCAGAAAUACUGUUCAAAAAGAGAAAAUUUUAAUAUCAGCCAUUCUGAACUACGCUAGUUACAGACUGAAAAAUGAUUUCCUGCAGUUGUGGCAAUUUAGUGUUUUUGUUAAAUAUAAACACUGUUACAGUUGCUGAAUUUUGU